AUGACGAACCGGCCCUCUCGCUCUCAGGCACCACCGGCUCCUUCUCCUACAAGUAGCUUCUGCUUGGACUGUGGACGGGUCAUGCCGGCUCCACUAGCUGAUACCACUACGCCCCGGAAAUACUGCUCUGCCUCUUGUCGCUCCCGCUCGAAAGACCGCUCAAGGACCGAAGGGCGGAAGAGGCUCAUGGAGGCGUACAAGGGGCUGAUGGCGAAGAAGGGAGCCAAGGGGGUCGUGCUGUGCUCUGAAGCAGAAACAGACGCCGCGACUUCAGGACCAUCAAGCACUACGGUACAGGAUACGGAAGGCGGAGCUAGCUCAGAGACCGCAGCGGCAGGAAGCCCAAAGAAGGGAGGCGGGGACCACCAGGACGGGCGGGAAGAAGCGAGACGGGCAGCACGCCGUCUCGUCAACUUUGGCUGGCGGUCCCAGGGGGUCGAAGAAGACCGGGCGGUCGAGGCUGUACAGGACGGGAAAGUGGUAGAGGCAAGUUUCGCAAAGGGCGAAUGGGGGAUCAGAUGGGCAGGACGAUGA